UUUUCAUCCCGGUCAGACCACCUUUCUUCAACAUUAGACUUCUCACCUUUUACUGCACCCAACCUUCUUACCAACAAUUGAGCUCUUGGCAUUGACUAGGAGUCUACACUCAUCUCGCUCGGAAUUCCUCCUUUGAGAUCGCGAACGAAGUUCUCCUGCAUCAGCUUCUCGAGAUCAGAAUGACUUGUGUGCCGUCUGAAGCGAGUGCGAUGAUGGUGGAUCCUGCAGCCUGCGUUCCCAAAGCAAUCCUGGGAUGGCCAGUGGUCACAGAUGCGAUCCUGAAGCGGUGUGGUGUACGGAUAUAUCGAAUGAUUCGUGUUUUUUCUCACAGAUGCAAAUGCCGUCGCGACUUCUUUUUUUCUUUUGAGGAAUCGAUAUCCGAGCAGAAGUGUAUCAGCUUGGAAUACCGUAGUACUAUUAGAUAUCGAGUUCCUGGCCCCCUAAAGUGGCGUUGCAUUGGCGUUUCGAUAGGAAUAUUGUUUCAUUCGAUGAAAGAGCGAGGAUUAAGCUCCUCUUACAACCCUGUGGCGUUUGUGGAUUGGUGCCCGAAACGACGCUGUUGCGCCAUCCAGGCACGAGAUCUCCGAGAAGCUUCAAGGAGGCGCUCUUUGUACUUCUGGCGCGGCUCCCCACGAGAUCAAAGCUUUCCCCAGAUACAAGUGGCAUGCUACUGUGGUGAGAUGUGGAUUACAUCAUGGCGGUCAAGAUCUGAUUAGUGGUACGUCGCCGAACACGGCCCUGUCGUUCUGCAAAGUUAUAUAUACCGACCUAUCAUGCUGCGUUACCGACAGAAGCUCAUCGUGCGUGGUCGGCUCAGGGAUGUGCCGACAGACAUCACCCGCGAUUACAAUUUCUAGACUCGCAAUCAGUCAACAAUCAGUCAGUUCUGUUUCGUUAAAGAACCCUGAUGCGGAUCACAGCGCUGGUCCCUUGAUGCAAACUUUCCGUUCGCGGCUAAAUUGUAGCUGCACAUCCGGCACGGGAUGACUGUUUACCCGCACCACUCGAUUUUCUCUCGUCAUCUCUGUAAGGCAGAGCCAUAGCCUUUGCGAUCUUAGUUCCGACC